AUGGCAGAGACAAGUGAAUCUCAGCCAAACCCUGAUCUUUUCCCAUUCCUUGACCCCAUUUCUCUUGUUCUUUCUCAGAAUUCAAGCCCCACCAGCCCAUUUCCUUUAAGGCUAACAACAGAGAGUUCCGUAAUGGAAAGAGGCCCCAGAUACAGAGCAUACGCAGAGUUGAGAGAAACAAAUCUGAGGAUGAAGAAUGGGGUGAUGCAACGAGAAAAGGAAGAAAUCGAAUUCAAACAAACACCAACGAAGAAGCAAGUGAAGUUCAGUUCGAGUGUGGGGAUUUCCAGGAAAGGGUCUGCUUUGGUGGCUCAAUCGGUACCCGAUUUUUCAGCAACUUUAAGGAAAGAAAAUCGAAGACCCCCAGGGAUUGAAUUGACGCCACCGCCGACGGGCAAGAAUUGGUCGAAGGGGAAUGAGGCUUGGUCGUCGAAUUCGAGGGGGAGUAAAUCUGCAAAUGCGGGGGAGAAAAAGGGGAGGAUGAUGAUGCUGAAAAAGAGUUGUGCAUCUGUUGAGGAUUUGAAAGCGAUAUCAUUGGCAGCAUCCAAUGCUAUUAACGGUGAAAACAGGGGAGGGAAGACUAAUGGCCGAGGUGUUGCUGGUGCUAGUAAUACUAUUUUGAGGUAUCGACAGUUUUAG